GGAGCCCCGGGGGCGCGGCCUCCUCCGGUUGCUCGGCCCCGCCCGCCUGCACAGCGACUUGGGGAGGGGCAUGCCAGCCCCUCUGGCUCCACGGUUGAGUCCAGGCCUACCAUAAAGGAACCGCAGGGAGCAAUGGUGACGAUCUUGGAGCGAGGACUGUAGCUGAGUGGAAGGAAGUGGUUCUGUUGGACCGGCCGCCCUCCACCCCGGAGGCGCUGCCCCGCCCCCUGCCAGUUGCACUUCUUUAAAUGGCCCGGGGCACUAGGGAGGGGUGGGCGGAUCCGGCGUCUCGGGGCACGGGCGGAUGGCUCCGCCCAGCCAAUCGACGCCCCGCGGCGGGCGGGACUCCAGCCAAUCGCGGCUCGCGGCUCGGCUCCGGGGCGGGGCUGGUGGGCCAGAGGCCAGACGGAGAGGCCCCGCCGAGGUGAGCGAGGCUCCAGCCGAUCACUGGUGGGUCCUGGCACUGGCGGGUCGCGACGCUGUGGGCGUUCCAGGAGGUGGUCGUGGCGAACCUGGCAGCUGCGGUGAGGAGUGGUCGCCUGGCUUGGGAAUUUACCUUAGGCUAGGGGAGAGAGAAGCGCGCCCCGGGGACUUGCGGAGGCGGGGUCUGGGUGGGACCGGGGGAGGGGGCCUCAGAUUCAGGGUGAUGAUAGGGAGGGUCUGGGGACCUGAGAGUGAGUUCGAGACCCAGGAGGGGAGGCGAGGUUGUUGGGGCAGUAUUUUCAAGUGGAGGGAGUUUGAAGCUGGGACGUUGGGCUUUUGGAGAAGCGAGAGAACAGAGGGGAGGAACUUUUGAGACAGGGAACCUGGAGAUUCGAUUCCACUUGGGUCUUCCGGACGGGUUGAAUUCGGGGCUUUAUCGUGUUCUGGAAAAGGUGUGAGAGGUACGGAGCUGAGAUUCUGAGUAUUUGGAGAAGCGAGAGAACUAGGGUCAAGGAUUCUUGGGACUCCAAGACGCACUGGCGGGGGAAGGGGGUUGCCGGGAAGAGUUCAAUGUUCGGGUCUUGGAGCCGGACAGCGAGUUUGGAGGUGAAGUCCAGGGGCGUUUGAAAGUCAGGAGACUAGGAGAAGUGGGAGGAAGUAUCAGAAUUAGGAUACGUAGUCUCCCGAACUAGAUCGGAGCAUUGUCGUCUUUGAGCGAUGUGUUCGGAUCUGGGUCUCUGGAUCCAAGGGCAGUUUGGAAGGAGAAUCGCGGACUUUCAAGGAACGGAGGGACCGGGAGAAAGCAAAUUUAGAGCCGGACUCUGGGGUGGGGGAGGGGUGUUCCGGGCCUGGAGCUCAGACUCGCGGCCCCGGAGGCAAUGGAGGGCGGGGCUCGGCGGGCGCCGGCAGCUGGACGUCCGGGUUCCCUUCCCCCACCCGCCUGUGCCCCUGUGCGCAUGCCCUGAGGGAGAGCGGGGUGAGGGGGGUGGCUCGUCCCCUGGACGGGCGGAGCCCUCUGGGGAUUGUAGUGCGUGCUCCACGUCAAUUCGUGUACCUGGCGGCUGUUGGCCCCCGUUUCCCAGAAGCCCCUGGGCCAAAUUGGGGCGUUCCUGGAUGCUCUGUAAGGACCCAUGGGGGGGCGGGGCCUUACAGUGUCGCGGUCUGAUUGAGUGGGACCCCCGAGGGGGCGGGGCUUGGUUUGAGCUGAGUUCUAGCCAAGUUUUCCUAUGGGGCGCGCUUUGGGGGAAUCUGAAAGCGCGGGCAAAGGGAAUGAGACAGGCCCCUUUCCUACUCUUGGGAGCGCUCCCAGUCGGUUAAGGAAGAGGACAUAGAAAUAUCCCGACUGUUGAAGAAGAAUCUCAACAUAGGUUCCCCAACAGGGCUCCAGGAGAUUUCGAAUAUAGUAGGCACUCAGUAAAUCUGUUGAGCGAAUAACUGGCAAUUAACUCUUGAUCGAGGCCGGGUGUGGUGGUAAUCCCAGCUACUCAGGAAGCUGAGGCGGGAGGAUCGCUUGAGCCCAGGACUUCGAGACUGCAGUGAGCUGUGAUAGCGCUGCUGCACUCAGCCCUGGGCGACAGAGCGAGACCCUGUCUCUAACAAAAAACAAACACAACUCUUGUUCAUUAAGCACUUCCUGUGUGGUGGGCCCUAUAGAUACGUGGCAUCUCCUUGACAGAGGUGGUGAGAAGUAUUUUUUUACAGUCCCCAUUUUACAGAUGAGGAAACUGAGGCCCUGAGAAUUGACUCAUUCAGAUCACUUCCCAUGAUCACGCAGCUGAGCAGUUUCCAAUACAGAAUUCAGAUUUGGGGUUCCCUACUUCCAAUCCAGGUCUCUGUGCUCCACACUUGUCUUUCGUGCUCCAUGUUUGAAGAAAUUAAUAUUGUGGAAGAACAGUUUUAAGGCUUAGAGGAACUUGAGUUAGGAUCCGUACUUGGCAGAUGAGGAAAUUGAUUCUCAUGGAUGUAAAUUCACUGUUUGAGGCCACAACAGGCAAGGCAUCAUGGUGGGAGGCUUGAAGAGGAAACACUCUGAUUUGGAAGAGGAGGAGGAGAGGUGGGAGUGGAGUCCAGCAGGCCUUCAGAGCUACCAGCAAGCCCUGCUCCGCAUCUCCCUAGACAAAGUCCAGCGCAGCCUGGGCCCCCGAGCACCCAGCCUCCGCAGGCAUGUCCUCAUCCAUAACACCCUCCAACAGCUGCAGGCUGCACUUCGCCUGGCUCCCGCCCCUGCCCUGCCCCCCGAGCCCCUCUUCCUGGGCGAGGAGGAUUUCUCCCUGUCAGCCACCAUUGGCUCUAUCCUCAGGGAGCUGGACACCUCCAUGGAUGGGACUGAGCCCCCUCAGAAUCCAGUGACUCCCCUUGGCCUCCAGAAUGAAGUGCCACCCCAGCCUGAUCCAGUCUUCUUAGAAGCUCUGAGCUCCCGGUACUUGGGGGACUCUGGCCUGGAUGACUUCUUUCUGGACAUUGACACAUCUGCGGUAGAAAAGGAGCCUGCACGGGCCCCACCAGAGCCUCCUCACAACCUCUUCUGUGCCCCAGGUUCCUGGGAGUGGAAUGAACUGGAUCACAUCAUGGAAAUCAUUCUGGGGUCCUAAAACUGUGAUAGAGGGGAUCCUUCCUCAUGUCAUCUUCGGUGGCCUGGAUCCCUGAAUGCAACUCUGGGUGUGUGUUUUUGUGGGGGCUCGAAGCAGUGACUAUGGCCUCCUUUGUUCCCAUUUCAGGGUUCCACAAACUGUCUUGCAUGUGUGUGUGUGUCUGGUUACCCCAACCUUCUGUGAAGGUGGGUCUUCCUGAAUUAAUUUAUCUAUUCCAAAUGCCUUAACGAGACUCUUUCUGGGAGUCUGAUUUUCCACUUACACAUUUCUUCCACCUUUCUUGCUAGUUCCCACUCCCCUGUGACCACUGGGGCCUCAGGGAAGAUAAAGCUGGGCCUGUCGAAGGAUGACAGGGAUGUGCUGCCAGGUUGCUAUAGAAACCCAGGCUCUGCCUCUUGCACCUUGAGGGGGUGGGAGGGGCUGGUCUCCUCCCUCCAGGCUGAACCCCACUUCCUCGGCAGGACCCCAGUCUCAGCAGCCUCCUGAUUUCAUAACCAGGCCGGACCACGUGCAAUAGGGUGGAAACCAAACUGCUCCAUGCCGCGUUAUUUAAAAGAAAGGCAGAGUUUGUGGUGGCUUUUUUUUUUUUUUUUUGGAUUGUUUGUAAUUUUUUUUAAUAAAAGUAUUUUGGAAGGAG